UAAAAAAUAAUCCAAAAAAAAAAAAAAAAAAAAAGAAAAAUCCUUGUAAUCAUAAAUAAUCGGCUUCUGUGAUUUGCUAUCAUCAAUUUAAAGCUUGUCGGUGUUUUUUAGUGCCGUAAGGUUUUUGAAGGGUUUUCUUUUUUUGUUUGACAAAUAAGAAAGAGACGUAUAGACACUGAGAAAGGAGAGAAAAUGAGUUCUGUAACAAAUGGGGUAGAGAAAGGAAGACAUAUCAGAGAGGAUGAUAAGGAAGAGGAAGAAGAAGAAGAAGAAGAACCAAUAUUAAUGAAGAAAACCCAGAGGUUCUGUAUGUUUCCUAUCAGAUAUAAGCAACUUUGGGAAAUGUACAAGAAGGCUGAAGCCAGCUUUUGGACUGCUGAAGAGGUUGAUCUCUCCCAGGAUGUCCAGCACUGGGAAACCCUAUCAGACUCAGAAAAACACUUCAUAAGCCAUGUACUAGCAUUUUUUGCCACCUCAGAUGGAAUUGUUUUGGAGAAUUUGGCUGCUAGAUUUCUUAAUGAUGUUCAAAUUCCUGAGGCUCGGGCAUUCUAUGGCUUUCAGAUUGCAAUGGAGAAUAUUCAUUCUGAAAUGUACAGCUUGCUUUUGGAGACAUAUAUCAAGGAUUCAAAAGAGAAGCAUAGAUUGUUUAAUGCAAUUGAAAACAUCCCUUGUGUGUCUAGGAAGGCUAAGUGGGCUUUGGAUUGGAUUCAUAGCUCCAAUUUGUUUGCAGAGAGACUUGUUGCUUUCGCAUGCAUUGAAGGGAUAUUUUUCUCAGGAAGUUUCUGUGCCAUAUUUUGGCUUAAAAAGAGGGGCUUGAUGCCUGGUCUAACAUUCUCAAAUGAGCUUAUUUCUAGAGAUGAGGGCCUGCACUGUGAUUUUGCUUGUCUUGUUUACAGUUUGUUACAGAAGCAACUGCAUUGGGAAAAAGUUGAUCGCAUUGUUUCUGAAGCUGUCGAAAUAGAGACCCAGUUUGUUUGUGAUGCCCUCCCAUGUGCAUUGAUUGGCAUGAAUGCAACACUAAUGAGCCAGUACAUAAAAUUUGUUGCUGAUCGACUUUUGGUUGCCUUGGGAUACCAGAGAAAGUACAAUGUGGAAAAUCCUUUUGAUUGGAUGGAGUUUAUUUCUUUGCACGGAAAGGCAAACUUUUUUGAGAGAAGAGUGGGAGAUUACCAAAAGGCAUCUGUAAUGUCAAGCCUUCAAGAUGGCAAGAAUUUUGUCUUCAACAUGAACGAGGAUUUCUAGUCAUCAGUUUUCUAGGUAUCUAUUUGAGAUGCUGAAAAAGUGCAUGCAUCAAAAUCUUGCUACUAUUAUUUUUUGUGACAUUUCGUUUGUAGAUUCUGCCACAUAUUCUAGCUUUGGCAAUAGCCUCAAGUGGGUGAUUUAUUAAUUUAAAGUUAAAGCUCCUUAAAACUUGUCAUAUGACAAAAAUUUUUGGGUCUUUAACUUUUGUUUCUUUUAUCUAUUUUAUCUAUCAGGAUUAUUGAGUUUGAAACGUGGAAUUUCCUUAAUCGUUAUUGUUGAGUAUUCGAUUC